CAUCCACCUCCCUCCCGGAAGGUACAUCCCAUGGCCAAACACAACUGUUUCCCCCUCUGAGACGGUCCCCUGUGGAUUAUGCCACAUAGAUCACAACAUUGAUAUCAAAUUGAAAUACAUUUAAGCUCUUGGAGACAGGCCUUGUGGCCAUGGCGAAAGACUCGUUGGGUGAAGCUGGUCUUCAUUUUGAUGAGCUCAACAAGCUACGGGUGCUGGAACCAGAGGUGGACCAGAAGACCAGGGAGCUCAAGGAGGAAUGUGACGACUUUGUUGACAAAAUCGGCCAGUUUCAGAAGAUAGUGGGUGGUCUCAUUGAGCUGGUGGAUGAAUUGGCAAAAGAGGCAGAGACAGAAAAGAUGAAGGCUAUUGGAGCCAGGAACCUGUUGAAGUCUGUGGCCAAGCAGAGGGAAGCCCAGCAACAGCAGCUCCAGGCCCUGAUAGCAGAGAAGAAGAUGCAGCUGGAGAGGUAUCGCAUUGAGUACGAAGCUCUCUCCAAAGUGGAGGCUGAGCAGAAUGAGUUUAUCGAACAGUUCAUUCUGCAGAAAUAAGGCCCGAAGUGUGUGUGUGUUAGUGACCAUGUUUCCAGGGUGCCUGGAUUGUUUUUCUAUGGGUGAUAACCACUACACUGUGGGUUAAUGGGAAUCGCUCAUCUGAACACAAUAACCUCUCUUACACUUCACAAGCAAUCCAAAACUGUUCCAACUAAAACACAGGUUUGGCCCAGACACCAACAGACAGACUACAUGCAAAGUUAGAAGAAACUGUAUAACCCCAUCAAAUGUCCCUCACUAGCAGGUGUCUGUGACAAUCUCCCUAUUUUUACCAUUUAUGUGUUGGAAUGCUUGAAUAUAAUUCAAAAUCUGAGGCUCUAUAGAUGUCACAACUUUCACAACACUACAGUAUGUAAGUUAACCAAAUGGGGAAGAAAGGUAUUUAUAUAUGAAGGAAUUUAUUUAUACUAUUUAAUACUGAAUAAUUACUCUGUAUAGAUUAGUUUUAUUACCUUUUUCUACAAGUGGAAAAACAAAGUAACAGUAUGUGCAUGUUACUGUAAAUGUCAUGAUUUUGAAAACAAUUAUAUUUUUUGCUGUGUUGCCCCCCCUCCCCAUUUGUAUCUUAAUUCUGUUUUACAUCUAAGGUACGAAUAUCUUCACGGUUUUAUCAUUUCACCUUUGUCUGUGGUACUACACCAACACAUUUACCCUCAGGUGGCUUAUUGGAGUUUCAGGCCAGUGUAUACAAAACAAUUUUUUUUAAAGUACAUUUCAAAUGUACAUGAUUUUAUGUUUACAGUAAAUAUCAUCCUCUGCAUUCAUGGCAAAAAUUUGUAAACCAACUUAGUGGACCAACUUCAUCAAAAGAUGAGAUAUACUUGAAAUCAAAAAAGGAUUUGCACAUUUUGAUUCUC